GUCUGUGAAUUUGAAUCACUCGGCGUUUACAACAACCAAGCAAGAUAAACAACAAAAGCAAACGUUCAACGGCGCUUCGAAUUGUUUUCUAACAACAGUACAGUUAUUGAGUCUCGUGAAGAUGGAGAUUGAGGACUUGAGUGAUCCAGAACCACGCAGCGUCACUAAUGAAAGUAUUGACGAAGAUGAUGAUGAAGGAGGAGAGGUGAUGCAGGUCAAUGAAAGUGAAUAUUUGAAUGUAGUGGAGCAGUAUCAGGAACAGCAGGAUUUCAUAAGUGGAGAUGAAUCUCUAAGUUCCUCAGACACGGAAAAUAAUUCUUCACAAGAUGACAUACAAGCUAACACAUUGUUCAUCUGUCCCGAGUGUGGAAAGAGUUUCACGCGUAAAGGACACCUGAAGAUUCACAUGGUUACUCACACCGGUGAGAGGCCUUACACAUGUCCUGAGUGUGGAAGCAGUUUCACGUGUAAAGCGAGCCUUAAGGAUCACUGUAAAAUUCACUCUGGAGAGAAACCUUUCACAUGCCCUCAGUGCGAGUCCAGUUUUGCUCGUCAAGAAGACCUUAAGAGGCACAUAAGGAUUCAUACUGGCGAAAAGCCUUUCACCUGCCCUCAGUGCGAAAAGAGUUUCACAUGUUCAGGAGACCUGAAGAGGCAUUUAAGAACCCACAAUGGAGAGAAGCCUUUUCCCUGCCCUGAUUGCGGAAAGAGCUUCGCACAAAAAGAAGGCCUCAAGGAACAUGAAAAAAUUCACACCGGAGAGAAGCUUUCUGCAUGCAUGUUGUGUGGAAAGAGUUUCACACAUCCAAGAAGCCUUAAAAGGCACAUGAAAAUCCAUUCUGGAGAGAAAUUGCAUCAGUGUCAAGAGUGUGGCAAGAGAUUUGCUGAGGCAGGCAAUCUGAAAACCCAUCUGCUCUCUCACUCAGGAGAGAGACCCUUCCACUGCGAUCAGUGCGAUAAAAAGUUCUUUUUGGCCGUACACCUUAAGACGCACAUGAGGAUUCAUGAAGACGAGAGGCGUUACGUGUGUUCUUUCUGUGGAAAGAGUUUCUUAUGGCUGCACGGUUUUAAAGACCAUCUAAAAACACAUAUUGGCGACAAGUCUUAUGAGUGCUUGGAGUGCGGGAGCACAUUUGCUAGAGCUGCUGAAUUGAAAGUGCACGAGAGAAUCCAUACCGGCGAAAAACCCUACAAGUGUUCACAAUGUGAGAAGUGUUUCACUCAGUCAGGAGCCCUGAAGGUACACGAGAGAGUUCAUACUGGAGAGAAGCCGUACCUAUGCCCAUCAUGCGGAAAGACUUUCAGCCGAUAUGGUAAUUUGGGAAAACAUUUAAAAACGGCUUGUCCAAAAUCGUCACAGUAAACUAAGUUCACCCAAGUUCAGCCUACCCACAAUCUUGUAGUAGUAAGAGCGCGAGCACAUAUGGUGCGGGUAUCAUACUAGAUCUGGUUUGUGUAUUAUUAUCAUUCCUCUCUGGACUAAAUUGCAUUUUUUGAGGGCCUAAAUGUGCUUAAAACCUCGAGAAGUUUUCUAUGCAGGUCUUUGCCAUUUACAGGCUUUGUAUUUUUAUGAACUCUUUCAUGAGAUCAUCAUCAUAUUUGGUCAGUCUCACCUAAAGGCCUUUGAAAUGUUAUGUUGCAAGGCAUUCAAGGUUUCUAUGAACAAUGUGUCUGUGGAAGCCUGACCAAUUUUGAUGUUGUAACGUGCAAUGUCCAAUCAUUCUGCCCCAUAUCUUUGAUAAAAGUCCUGGGCUGAAUACAUCUACAUGCCAGUAUUCAGUGUCACACCCUACUGCUCACAGUAACUGACAUGUGAUAUACAUUGAGUGGCAACUUUAGAUUUUAAAUUUGAGAAGUUCUUUUUCAGGGGCUUAAGAUACUCCAAAGCAUGAAAGCAUCUCCAUCUACCCAUGCUACUGACGGCUUUAAUUGUAAAUAAAUCACAUUACUUGUGUGUUGUAGCAUUUGUCAAACAGUGUCUGAGAACUGAGGAGAACUGGCCUUCCUGGUUGAGUCUGUUUUUCGGUGUUGGUUCUUCUUCACUGUUCCUUUUGGAUUGUUCACUAUCAAGGGUUGAUUUAUAAUGUUGCGUUUAAUAUGAUGCUCUUUUUUAAUCUGAGACACGUUUCUCAGUUAAUGUACAUGUUAACUAUAUUUUAUGGUAUUUUUGCAAAUCCUUGUGUGUAUUGUUACUUUGUGUUUUUAUAUAAAUUCCUCUUUCUAGGCUAUUCCCAUAAAGCUGAAAUGCCGUGUCUGGUUAUUAUGAUUAUCUAUUAACUAACUCUAGCAAGUCUCAUUGUCUCUGUAAAUGAUUUACUGUUAUCAUACAUUAUCUUCUCAUGAAGCAUUUUUUAUGCAGUAGAUAAGAGCGAUUAGAUGAAAUACUAUUUCCAUUUCUUGAAAUGCUUCAAAUUUGAGACUGAUUAUAAUCAAACAUAUAUUAUUUUUCUUGAUUAACACACAUGCUAAAUAACACUAUAAAUGUAAUAGUUUGGUUAAAACCUACAGUUCCUUUCAGUUAGUUUUGUCAAUGUACAUCUUACUUAAAAAAUCUAAUAAUGACAUGUAUUUUAUGUUUUACAGAAUUUCCUUUUUUUUACUUUUGUUACUAUCUGUUAGGGAUUUUUACAAUAUUAGAUAUUAGAAUUUCACAAUAAUAAAACUAUCAAAAUAUCUAAUAAUAUCAGUCAAAUUCUUUAUUAUUAUUAUUUUUGCCAAUACAUUACAGUCAAAAUACAAGUGUAAGGAGACCGAGAGAGCGAGACAGGGGGGCUAUUGGUAAUUAUUGGUCAUCGAUGCAAAAUUAUGUAUAACAUUAUCAUAUGUGAAAAGCAUUAACACAAUAUCAAUGAUCAUGGUUUUUAAUAUCAGGGUUCUUCAGUAUAUUGUGACACUGGUACUAUCUGUAUCAAUAUGUAUUUGCUGUAAAUCUGCUUUGCAACAGCUCAGAUUUUUUUUAAUCACUUGAGAAAUUAAUAUGAAAACAACUUUAAAACAGUUUCAACAUACGCCUUUUAAAACCUGUCGAAGUAUAAAUUCACUUGUCAAAAUAUAUGUGGUGGUUGUCUGCACAUCUUGUAUAUUAUAUGUGAUUGUGUUUGACUUACUUUAGU